AUGGCGGUGGAGACGCAAUUAGUGUACGAGGGGUCAAGGCUCUACCAGUGCCCGAUCUACAAGACUUCCGAGCGCAAGGGCGUGUUGUCCACGAGCGGGCACUCCUCCAACUUCAUCAUGUGGAUGGCCAUCCCGCAUUCGGGGCAGGGCUACCACGGCGAGGAGUUCUGGACCAAGCGUGGCGUCGCUCUCGUCUCGCAGACGGACGAUUAA